GUUCCCCUCUCCUUGCCACCGCCAGAAGGUGAGCCAGUGGUACUGCUGGACCGUGGCAGGAUCGUUUCCUCGCUCCGUGACCGGCUGGCGUCCAUGGAGUUUGCCGAAGGGACCGAUGUGCGCAUCGACUACGGGACCAAGGUCAAGUCAGUCGAUGUGGUUCAUCGAACGGUGACAGUGCAGCGCCAGUCUGGCACAGAGCAGGAGGAAGAGCUGAUCGAGUACGACCUGCUGAUCGGCUCGGAUGGCGUCCGGUCGCGAGUGCGCGAGGCAAUGAACAGCCAGUUGCCUCCAG